UCAGGUUUUACGAGUGAACAGUAAGUAUAUUGAGUUAAUGCUUAAAAUUUUUAGUCUUGAAUCAUCAAGCCUAGCUAGUUCAAAUCGAAAAAACCGUAAUCAUCUCGAAAAAAAAUGGGGAGAAGAGGAGACGCGAUAAUACGAAAAUGUUCAGGCGGAAUACGACAUGAAUUUGGAGGUUCGGAAGUUGGCAGUCAUUAUAAAGGUCAAAAUGCCACAAAGUGGCUUAAUGAAUCCGGUUUAAAGCUACCUAAAAUGUUGAGAGAUAUGUCAUUAGUUUGUGCAAGAGUGUGGAUUGGGACUUGGAAAAAAUGAGCGAUAUGGAAACGGUAGGAUAUAUUCAUGGAGGAUGAUCGUGACUCUGGAUCUUCCUGCCGGAUAUAUACAGCGUCUUUUUAAGAGUGACCUGUAUAGUAUACCGGAAGAUAUCGAAUCUUUCAACAAGGCGUCAGAACUAAUAACUGCAGUUUGGAAAAGCAAGAUAAUAUUUACUCUAUUUUAUUUUAUCUAUUAGGUUGGUUUGUUGGCUGAAUCUA